AUGGAGAAAUUCUCCUCCGCACUUGUCACGGCCAAUUGUUCUGAACAUUUCGAUCUGCGAUUCUCGACGCAACAGACAUUCAAAGCUGCAAAGGCAUCAUUUGACUGGGUCAAUGGUGGGACAAACCGCACAUUUAUCCUCGUGGGCGAUUCUGCUGUCUGCCACACAAGCAACAGGCGCAUUCCCUGGGCCAUCAGUCAUGCUACCUUUGACGCAACCAACCGAGCUAUCCACCUGACUGCAGUUCAGAAGAAGUGGGUAGAAGCAGCCUCUGCAUUCACCAUUGAUUUUGGUGUCGCCAACCCAGGUCUCCAGAGGCGGCGGAUAGGCUUCGAUAAGGCAGGAGAGGCUAUCUUCGACCUAAGCCACCCAUGGCCUACCGAAAUGCUUCGCUUUCUGUACCCCAAUCCACUGAUCAAGAUCAAUGUGGAUUGCGAGGACUGCGGGAUAAAGGGCUCACUGGCCGUGCACGGGCAUGUCAAGUGGACCAUCUUAGACGGGUUCGAGAUAUUCGAGUUGAGGGCAGAGCCUCGUGGCGUCGAAGCCGGUGUCCACUUGAAGAUGGAAAUGUCAGGCAAAGCUGACGCGGCUAUCUUUGACCUGCCUAGCUACGACAAGCCAGUGGCAACGAUCCCUGUGCCCGGGGGAUUCGAGAUUCCUGACAUCCUCAAACUCGGUCCAACUAUGGACGUCGGCGUCAGCUUCGAAGUCGACUCAAUCGAGGGCGAGGCGACCAUUACUACGGGCGCCACGGCCAGCAUACCUGACACCGCACUGGCAAAGGUUGACUUUGCCGUCGACGGCGCCGCGGAGUUUGCGGACAAGAGCGAAUUCUACGACUGGUGGCCAGAGUUCGAGGUUGAUCCAUUCGGCAUUGACGCUCAGCUGGGCAUCGGCCUGAAGUUUUCCGUGGUGUUCAACGUCUCCCUCGGCGUGUCGCUGUUCCCCGACUUCAAACUACCGUGGGUCAAGGUCCCCGAACAGGGAUUCGAGAUGGUGCUCGUUUUCAAAGACCCAAUCUUCAUCUUUGACGGGAAGCUUGGACACAAGGCCGGCGGAUUCUGCCCUAAUGAUACGAGACCGAAUGGUGUCUCACUCGACGUCAAUGUAGGCUCCGCGAUGAGUGUCGACGGCGUGAUCGAGUUCUGGACUGGUAGCAAAGACUUGCUCGAUAUCGACCUGUGGGAGGACGAUGAAGAGGAACAGAUAGUGCUCGUGAAGGACUAUUGUAAAGCAUUUGGUGCCUUUCCUGUCUCGACAACAACGUCAAAGAGGAUAACAACAACGACAAAACCCACAACGACCAAAAGCACUCCAACCACCACGCUUAGAACAUCAACCACAUCCAAGGUCACGACAACUCCACGAACGACCACUACAUCGACGAGAACAACCACAACAACGACAUCAAAGGCCCCUUCCACAUCCUCCAACCCCUUCCCUCUUCCCUCUCCCGUUCCAGGUGACAUCUGCGGCUGGACUGUGAACGUGCAGCCCUACCAAUACUGGGAAAACGACCACUCCCUCGACCGAUCCUCAUACCUGAUGUACGGCGAUCAACUGACUCGCAACACCAAAUGCAUCACCGUCCAAAGCACCAGCGUUAUCAGCACGCUGCCUGACCUGAGCACGAUCCCCAGCGAUGCCGAAAUCACGUUCGACACCAGCUCCGGGACGACCCCAAACAUCGACUCGUGCUGUCUGGCCAUGUUCGAGACGUCGAACUGUGACACUGGCCGCAGUUGGAACAAGACGUGUCAACACGGGGGUGGGGAGUUGUUUGUGGACUUUGGAGUCAAGGCUUGGUUGGUUUAUAACUGUGUGGGAUUGUAUACUGAGACUGAGGUGUAG